GUGACAUUUAUUUCUUGGAGCUCUUGGAGGUUAGAUUUUUCUCUCAUAAUAAAAAUUGGAGACAAAUUAUAACUUACAUGAAAUGGAUAAAAUAUUAUCAAAAUGUUUUAAACACAGUGUGAAAUAAUAAUGAAAAAGUAAUUUAAUUUUAAGUGGAUACUUUCUCUUAAUUAUCCAUGUGAUAAAAGUGAUAUUGAAAAGAAAAUGUCAAACCCGGAAAUAAACGGAGGUCAGAAUUAUUAUUGGUCAGCAGAGACAGUUUCUGCACAAUCAACAGUAUCACAAAAUCUCGGUUAUUAUCAAACGGGAAAUGUAAAUUUUUCACUUCCCGAUGUCACGCAACCACCGCCAAAUUUUCGUCUACCACAAAAUUCUGUCACUGAUAAUAAAGUCGUAAAUUAUCAGCAAUAUUCAUCUGGGCAGGUGAAUCUUGCUACUCAAUUUCAAAAUGGAAGUGUUUCGUCUUUCCAGUCGAAUUUUCAACAAAUGAAUUCUCAAUGUGUCAAUCAAAAUUAUUGUAUUCCUUCUGGACCGAGUGCUAUUCAAGAAAAUCAGAAUUACAAUUAUUGGUCGUCAAAUUCAGUCAGCGCGAAUAAUGCAAAUCGUUUAGAAACAAAUUGGCCACAAUCUGUGAAUCAUACAACAACUUGGAGUACACCAUCGAAGUCGAAUGGAAUUUACUCUGCGGAAUCGUCCAGAAUUGAUGAAAAACGUUCGAAUAGACAUGAAUUUUCUAAAAGAUCCGAAUGGCGACGCGAAAGACGAUCAAAUAGUCGCGAUAAUAGUCGUCGAAGGUCUAUCAGUCCUGAGAGUAGAUCGCGAUCAUCUAAAUCAAGAUUACGAUACGACGACAGAAGAGACGAUCGAAGGGAUGAUCGAAGAGAGAGGUACAAUAAAUACGAGCGAAGAAGACGAACGUCGAGGGAAAGAUCGUAUGAAAGGAGAAGCGAGAGAAAUUCCGAAAGAUCUCAUCGCGAUAACUCCUACAGUUCUCGAUCUUCGACAACAAAUUUAGAUCGAGGCAGUGAAAAUCGAAGAAAACGAACUUCCAAGUCACACGAUUCGCCUCCUCGCCCUUCAUCGCCGAGUAAAUCCUCCACAAAGAAAUGCCUUUCCGAAAGGGAACUUAUUUUAGAAAAAUACAGACGAAAUUAUUGUGCAACGAGCAAAGAUAUCGAGCGAAAAAUGGGCGAAUUGAAUGCAAUGGGCACUGAACGAAUUCUCGAGAAUGAGAGAAAGAUUUGGACCCGAACUGCACCGGCCGAUUUGUAUUAUUCGAGGGAUGAGAAAAAUCCAAAAAUUAUGCGAGCCACGACAAAAUUAAAUGAAUUGGGUGAAAUUUUUAAGAAAUUGUUUAUAGAACGAGCGGCAGCUGCAAGAGCCUUGCAGCCGCCGUAUGAACCGCCGGCAAGAAAAACGAGAGCUCGUUUAUGUAAACACAAAUCAGAAGCGUGCAGUAGUUCGUCGUCGGAUAGUGAUAGUUCAUUGGAAGAGGACGAUAGAACAAUGGAGGAAUUAAUGGCCAAAAAAUCACAUCCCCAAAGGUUACAUCCUGAAAUGUGGUUCAACGAUCCAGGCGAGAUGAACGAUGGUCCACUUUGUAGAUGUAGCGAAAAAUCAAGGAGAUCAGGAAUAAGACACGGAAUUUAUGCCGGCGAGGGCGUUAUAAAUAAAUGCAAUUUAGACACAAAUAAUGCGGAUAAACUCUACCAUUAUCGUAUCACAAUCAGUCCACCGACAAAUUUUCUCACAAAAACACCAACAAUCAUAAAGCACGAUGAGCAUGAAUUUAUUUUCGAAGGUUUCUCCAUGCUUUCACAUUUUCCACUCGUUAAAUUGCCAACAUGUAAAGUUAUUCGUUUCAAUAUUGAAUACACAAUUCUCUACAUUGAUGAAAAAUUACCCGAGAAUUUCACCGUUCGUGAACUCGAUUAUUUCCAUGAAUAUUUUUUCAAGGAAAUUCUCGAGUUGAUGGAUUUUGAUUUACAACCGGCGCAAGAUAAAACGGGCUGUGGACAAUUUCAUUUUAUGCCACGUUUCGUACGCGAUUUGGCGGAUAAUGGACAGGAAAUAUUGUCAAUGAAUGAAGUUCUUAAUUAUUUGAUAAAAAAUAGUAAACCACUUAUCGAUGAAAAGGAUCUUAUUGAAACGGCUGAAAUGCCACAGUAUAAGUGGCAAAAUUUUGCCGAUGAAGUGAAGGGAAUGGUUGUCACAUAUCCAGGAAAGAAGCCAUGCAGCGUUCGUGUGGAUCAAUUGGAUAGAAAUCAAAAUGAACAACCACCGGGUGUUGUCGCUUAUCCGGAAAUCGUUCACUUUGGUAUUAGACCACCUCAACUUAGCUACGCCGGAAAUGCCGACUAUCAAAAGGCCUGGCGAGAUUACGUGAAAUUCCGCCACUUACUGGCGAACAUGCCGAAACCAUCGUUUGAAGACAAGAGAAAAUUAGAAGCAAAAGAGAAUAAACUACAGGAAUUGCGAACACAAAGUAAAAUGAAACGCGACGUAACGGUUGAUGUCUCCUCGGAGGGUUUCUAUCGAACGGGAAUUAUGUGCGACAUGGUGCAACAUGGAAUGUUGAUACCGGUUCUCGUUUGUCAUUUACGUUUUCACAAAUCACUUGAUAAUCUAGAGAAAGCUCUUGUUUAUAAAUUUAAAAAUCGCUACCUUCUACAACUCGCUCUCACGCAUCCAAGUUAUCGUGAGAAUUUCGGCACAAAUCCAGAUCACGCACGUAAUUCAUUGACAAAUUGCGGUAUUCGUCAACCUGAAUAUGGAGAUCGACGAAUUCACUACAUGAAUACACGAAAACGUGGUAUUAAUACGCUAAUUAAUAUAAUGUCACGUUUUGGUGCAAAAAAAGAGACGGAAUCAUCGAUUGCGCACAAUGAGAGACUUGAAUUUCUCGGCGAUGCUGUCGUUGAAUUUCUCACGUCAAUACAUCUUUUUCAUAUGUUCCCCGAUCUUGAGGAGGGCGGUUUGGCGACAUAUCGCGCGGCAAUUGUUCAAAAUCAACAUUUAGCUGUGCUGGCGAAGAAACUUAAUUUAGAUAAAUUUAUGCUCUACGCGCAUGGAAGUGAUUUGUGUCAUGACUUGGAAUUGAGACACGCAAUGGCCAAUUGCUUUGAAGCAUUAAUGGGGGCAUUAUUUCUCGAUGGUGGUAUUGAAAUUGCUGAUCGAGUUUUUGGCGAGACUUUAUUUAAGGCCGAAAAGGAGGGAGGCGCUGACGAUGAAGACACACUCACGCAAAUUUGGGUCAAUUAUCCAAAACAUCCUCUUCAGGAACAAGAACCGCUUGGUGAUCGGCAAUGGAUCGAAAGAUUUGAAUUAUUGCAGAAAUUGACUCUAUUUGAAGAAUCAAUCGGAGUUGAUUUCAAUCAUAUUCGACUUCUGGCGCGUGCAUUCACCGAUCGAAGUAUUGGCUACACAAAUUUGACACUUGGCUCUAAUCAGCGAUUAGAAUUUCUAGGCGACACUGUUUUACAACUUAUUGUUUCUGAAUAUCUGUAUAAAUAUUUUCCAGAACAUCACGAAGGUCAUUUAUCGUUACUGCGAAGUUCCCUUGUAAAUAACAAAACGCAAGCGGUAGUGUGCGACGAUUUAGGAAUGACGCAGUACGCACUUUAUGGAAAUCCAAAAGCCGAAUUGAAAACAAAAGAUCGCGCCGAUUUACUCGAGGCAUUUUUAGGCGCUCUCUAUGUCGACAAGGGUCUCGAUUACUGUCAAGUAUUUUGCGACGUCUGCUUUUUCCCUCGACUUCAAGAUUUUAUCAUGAAUCAGGAUUGGAACGAUCCUAAAAGUAAAUUGCAACAAUGCUGCUUGACUUUGAGAACAAUGGAUGGCGGAGAACCUGAUAUUCCUGUUUACAAAGUUAUUGAGUGCAAAGGACCGACAAACACAAGAGUUUACACAGUCGCGGUCUACUUCAAGAAAAGACGAUUGGCCAAAGCUUCCGGUCACAGUAUCCAAGAGGCCGAGAUGAAUUCAGCGAAAAGAGCUCUCGAAAGUUCAGAAGAACUAUUCCCGCAAUUGGAUCAUCAGAAACGUGUGAUUGCAAAGAGUAUGAAACUCCAACAAUGGUCGAGAAAUAAAUCACGCGGUGGAAAAAUGACAAAACAAAUUGAACGUUCAGAUGAUUCAGAUUCGAGUCAUCAACAACAAAAGAGAAGAAGUCGAAGUCGUGAAAAUCGUUCCGAACGAAGAUCACGAAAUCGUUACGACAGUGCAGAUCGACGAAUGAAAAGUAGUACACGCACUUCAAGAAGUAAAAAACCAAGUUCAGAAAAUUUAACACGAAGUCCAGGGAAAUUGCGUAAAAGUCCCGAAAAUACACAUCGAAAAAAAUCGGAACUCACAGAAAAUUAUUAUGAAAGUACAAAAAGAAAUUUGGAGAAUUUAAGAAAAGCUCGUGAAAUAAGUCCCGAUAAUUUACAAUUAAAUAUUACAAAUUCAAAAAGUCCUGAAGAAAUGGCAAAAAAAUUACGAAGCGAUCAUAGUUCUAGUCCAGAUGGAAAACAAUCGAAUUUUUCCGAUUCAACCGAAGAUGAUAAUAUUUAUGACAACAAGGAGGAGAGGAGGAAAAUUGUUAAAAAAUGUAUGAAAACGAAAAAACGAAAGAGAAUCUCAGAGGAUAGAGAUUUUAGUAGUCAGGAAGAGUAUAAUAUUCCCGAACAAUAUAGAAACAGUAAUUUCUCCAAAUAUGAAAAAAGAACAAAGAGUUGAAAAAUAUUAACAAUUAAUGCAUUUUCUCUAGUGCUUUUAACAAAUAUGGUAUUAAAGAAAUUAUUUUCAAGGAAUAGAUGGAAAAUUUCUCACAUUUUUUUCCUUGAGAAGAAACUAUUAAUGAGUUACCGUUUAAUAUCCAUAAGAUUAAAGACUGAGUUUAGUAGUGAUGGACUUUAAUCUUUAAGAGAAGGUCUUUC